AUGCUCCACAUGCCGUUCCAGGAAAUCGCGGGGGAUCAACAGUGUGACGGCAAGCGGCCCAAGUGCUCCAGCUGUACGGCUCUCGGCUUUGAGUGCAGCUAUGUCCAGUCAGCAUCGUCGUCCAACGUCAUAGUCGGCAAGGAGUACCUUUCUGAUCUGGAAUCCCGGCUUGAGCGUGUUGAGGCCCGCCUCUUCGCCGCCGCUAAUGGCGAGCUCCACGGGGACCAUAUCGGUAGCAGACCGCUCCUUAGUCCUUCGAAUAGCAGCACCAAUGCGGCACCUCCCCAGGCCACGGCGCCAGAGGAGGAUGAAGGAGGCACAGGUACCGAGACGUCGGAUCAGAGGACCACAACGCCACUCAUUACCUUCCAGUUCGAGCACCGCAGCGAUGAAGCCGAAGGCGCAACAGACGGGAUCGGCUCCAUCAGCUUUGCCGAUGAAGAGGAUUCCGCCUUCCUCGGCCCGUCAUCCAACAUCGCUUUCAUGCGGCACCUUGGCCCCGCGUUGGCGCGCAUAUCGCCUGCGGGACGGGCCGACACGGUAUCAUCCAUACCGUCUCACCUGGAGGGUGAAAUGGUCAGGACGUCCAGGAGGGCAUCUCCUCCCACAAGCUCGGGCCCCUCCCGUUUUUCGGCCGCCACUGCCAAUGGGGGGAGAGAGAAUACUUUCACCUUACCUCCCGAUGAGGAUGUGCGUAGGCUGAUGAACAUGUACUUCUCAAACACCGGCAUUCUAUUCCCUUACAUCCAUGAGGAGACGUUCCGCCAGAAAUAUGAGGAGAUGAAGCGUAAAGGGCCAAGUUCAGUUCAGAAGACAUGGCUGUCUUUACUGAACGUAAUGCUCGCUUUUGCGAUAAGCACCUCACACGGCCAAGAAUCGUCCUUCGUCACGCGGCAGAAGGAUUCUGACGUCUUCUUCCGCCGUUCCAUUUCGCUGUGCAAGGAACAGAUGUUCCGAGCGUCAAAUCUCGAGACGGUGCAGCUGCAGCUCCUCACCAGCCAGUAUCUUCAAGGCUCCCAUAAAUCGCUGCAGACGUGGAUGGUGCAUGGUGUUGCGGUCAAAGGUGCACUUCAGCUGGGUUUGCACUGCCAAAAUGCGUCCGCAGCAUUCACGCCAAUCGAGAAAGAGUUCAGAAAGCGGACUUGGUACGGAUGCAUUCUGCUCGACCGGACUCUAAGCAUGACGUUCGGUCGCCCGCCAUCGAUCCCAGAGGAGUACAUCAAAAUAGACCUCCCCGCACCCGAGCCCCCGUUGAGCAACACCGCUGGCGUUGUUGACCACCACUCGAAAGCCAUCAGCCUUAUGUUCUUCAAGGCCACUAUCUCCUUGUACAGUAUCCUGAACCAAACCAUAACCCGCUGCUACGACUCCAACCUUGGCUAUUCCACUGGCCCCGUUCCCAUCACCAAAACCGUCCACCACGUCUUCGCACUCGAAACGCAGCUGCAGGACUGGAAGAGCAGCCUCCCUGCUGAUUUACAUUACCAUGAACCCAAAUCCCCACCCAACACCACCACACCCGCCUCCCCUCUGCCGACCACAAACCUCAUCCACACCCGUGCGGCCACCGUUCUCAUCCUCCGCUUCCUCAACCUCCGCAUUCUCGUGCACCGCCCCAUCCUGACCACCAUCCUCGACUCAGUAGCAGCCAACGCCCCACACCAUCCCCCAGACCUCUUGCUCAAGCAAGUCGGCGCAUACAACCUCAACUGCUGCCUCGAGUCGGCACUGUCCAUCAUCACCAUCGUGCGCACGACGCUGCGCUCUGCUCCGCAGGCGCUGGGCGCGUGGUGGUUCACGCUGUACUACACGUUCAACGCGGCGCUGGUCAUCUGCGCGGCGUUGAUCGUCCGGCGCAGUGGUAGUUGUAGUGGCGAGGCGGUGCCCGGGCAGGGCUUCGCGUUUGCGUGCGAGGAUGCGGAGGCGAGGGACGCGUUGGACGCGGCCAUCGAGGCGUUGGCGGUGCUGGAUAGGGGGAAUCGGAUGGUGGAUAAGUGCCGGAAUCACUUGGGUGGGUUGGUGGCGGUUUUGAAUAGUGUUUUCGUGUCCAAAGAGCCGGCCGUGGAGGCGGUUUCGAGCUUGCUGUCUCCACCGACUGGUCCCGGGGCUAAUGGUUCCGCAAAUGCAUUCGGGAACGGUGCGAUUCCUGAUCUCAGCAAUCCGUUCGGUCCAUUUGGGACGUCGCCGGCAGGCGUUGAGCUGGGCGAGUUCUUAACGGAUAUGGACACUGAGAUAUUGAACAUGUUUUUUGCGUAA